GAAGCGAUCGCGAGAAAAAAAAAAUGCAACCUCCCAAAAUAAAGAGCAAAGAUUGCAUUAGGAGCGAACAGCGCUGCAGAUAUAGAUGGCAGCUUCGUGUCAGUGAGUUUGCGUCCCCCUGCCUGAUCCACGAGCUGGAGUGAUUAGAGCCCUGGAAGGGAAUUGUUACUCCCGUGAAGUCCCCUUUUUCCUGGCAGUCAUCUGCACUGUACACGCUGGAUCCCUCUCUCCAUCCACCCCACUCACUCUCUCCUCUCUUACCUCCUCUCUCUCUCUCUUGCAUUGAUUUUUUUUUUCCUCUCCUUUUUUUUUUUUUUUUUUUUUUUUUUAGUUGACUGAAACAAAACAAAACAAAAGGGCCACUGGAUGUCUGCCUUCUUGGGGGGUGAGCCAGACAGACUGACAAACAAACAGACCCAGCUGAGCUCGGGGGAGGGUUUCUCCUCCGGUUUUGCCCGGCAGCAGCAGCAUGGACGUGUUGGCUAGUUAUAGUAUAUUCCAGGAGCUACAACUUGUCCACGACACCGGCUACUUCUCAGCUUUGCCAUCCCUGGAGGAGACCUGGCAGCAGACAUGCCUGGAGUUGGAACGCUACCUCCAGACGGAACCCCGACGGAUCUCUGAGACCUUCGGCGAGGACUUGGACUGCUUCCUCCACGCCUCUCCUCCCCCGUGCAUCGAGGAAAGCUUCCGGCGCCUGGACCCCCUGCUGCUCCCAGUGGAAGCCACCCUCUGCGAGAAGAGCUCCGCAGUGGACAUUCUGCUCUCUCGGGACAAGUUGCUCUCCGAGACCUGCCUCAGCCUCCAGCCCACCAGCUCUUCUCUGGACAGCUACACAGCGGUCAACCAGGCCCAGCUCAACGCAGUGACCUCAUUAACGCCCCCCUCCUCCCCCGAGCUCAGCCGCCAUCUGGUCAAAACCUCGCAGACUCUCUCCGCCGUGGAUGGCACGGUGACGUUGAAACUGGUGGCCAAGAAGGCUUCCCUCAGCUCGGUGAAGGUGGCAGCGGCGGCGGCGGCGGCGGCGGCCGUGACACCAGCCGGAGCGGUUAAGAGUGGACAGAGCGACAGCGAGCGCGAACCAGGAGGGGUAGGGGCGGACACAUGCCCCGAAAACAAGAAGAGGGUCCACCGCUGUCAGUUUAACGGGUGCCGGAAAGUUUAUACAAAAAGCUCCCACUUAAAGGCCCACCAGAGGACUCACACAGGUAGUCGUACAGGUGAGAAGCCUUACAAGUGCUCAUGGGAAGGAUGUGAGUGGCGCUUUGCACGGAGCGAUGAGCUCACGAGGCACUACAGGAAACACACAGGUGCAAAGCCCUUUAAGUGCAACCACUGUGACAGGUGUUUCUCCAGGUCUGACCAUCUUGCUCUCCAUAUGAAGAGACAUAUCUAAACAAAACAAAACAAAACAACAACAACAAAAAAAACAAAAGUAACCACCAACAACAAAAACAACGAAACACCGUAAAGGCCAGAGUUGCCAUGGCAUCAGCCAGUGUCCGAAGGAAAGGCCGUGAGGCAGAGGGCUGGACUUCAGGCGGGGAGCGUUGCCUCGCAGAAGAAAGUUCUCGCUUACAAACCUCUGUGUACAUACCUGUACACGCACACGUACACACACCCUCUCACACACAGACCCACACACAGACCCACUGUCAUGCACUCAACUAUAUUUAAAGUAUAUACGUCUAUUUCUUAUGCCUUGCCCUAGCCAGAUGGUAGAAGACGAAGAAGAAGAAAGGCAGGCGAACUCAGCGAGGCGCUGGCUGCUGACUCCAGCACUAUUGGAAUUACUUCCUGCUGUUACCAAUGGAAAAAGAAAGAAAAGCAAAGCAAAUGGAUGUCUCCAUGGUGGCCGGCAGUACAAGGGGCUUACAUAACUUUGCUUCUCAGUGCAACUUGAUAAGAGAAUCCAACAUCUCAUGGUUGCAUAUGUGUAGCACUAAUGUUUCUUUUUAAGUAGUUGGGGGAAAUUGACCUAGAAAACCAAAUUGCAGUUUGGUAGCCAAACGUAACUCCUGGUUUAUUUGUCCUUUGUGUGUGAAAAGUCCUACUAUUCCGUGCGUCACGCUUCCUCCCAGAACUGUCGGUCGUUUUGGGUUCUUCUUAGGACCACUGAGAUCUCUUGAGUCGGUACCAACGGCCUUAGCGGCGGCAGACUAUGGAUUCACAUCUUAACACCUUUCUGGCCUGCAUCUCUCUAGACUUCACUCUCAAGGGAGGAAUUUUCUUUUCUUACCUUUUUGACUCUCGCCCAUCAUAUGCACUAGGGAUUCUGGAAACUUCUAGCAUGACUGCAAAGUGGCCAAGAGAAAAAAGUCCUUGAUGAUAAGUCACAGUAUAUCCCUUGAGCCUCACCUCCGUGCCAGUGCUAGAUUUUUUCUUUUUAAUCUCUCUGAUUUUUUGCUAAUGGAAACUUGAAAAAAAAAAAAAAAAAAAGCUUAUUUGGAAGCUUAAAUGUUUUAUCUUUUCUCCAUGGACUAAACCUCUCCAGGACUCUCCCGGAACCUGGAUGUCCAGCUCUCGAAGCAGCCAAUCAGAUGGGACAUCACAGUUCUCUCAUCCCUCCUUGAGGCGUGGUGACCUCAGCUCACAGUGAGCAGCUACUGCACUGUGUCCUUGCCGCCCCUCUAACCAGUUACAACAUAGAUGUCACUAGUCUCAAAGGGCAGCUGCGUAUUUAAUCUAACUCUGGGUUAUGACCUGACAAAAAGCCAAAAAUAAUCACUCUUUCCAGGAGUGGAGGAGUCUGAGGGUGCCUCCCAAGUCUAGAGGCUUCACAAAACAUCAUCCCAUCCCUUCCCUCUUACCCACUGAGCUCAUGGCACCCACUUGUUAAAUACAUAUUUCAACCUACCAUUGUGGGAAUGAAGGCUGUCCAUGUAGGAAAGGAUGGAGGUGUCUCUCUUGUGAUGUGUCUAGUGGUUUGAGGAGGGGCGCUUUCUUUGUCGGGAGGGGAACUGGUUCUUUUGGCUAGGCCCACCAUGACUUGUGACCUAAAGCACCCAGGAUCAACAGAGGCCUCAUAUUUACUCUGAAAGCUGACUCCAAGGGGAUUGUAUUGCUCACUUGCAUUUCACGCACAUACAUCCAAUGUUGAUUUCUAUCUUCCAGAAUUCUUAGCUAGCUGGCACUGGUCUAAACUCCAAAGACUGCCUUUAGGACCAUCAAAUGUCCUAUGCAAGCAAGCGGGGUGGUUAUUAGGGCAGAUUGUAUAUUUUGUAUAUUCUGGGACCAUCCCUUCAAGACAUGUCUAACAAACAAAAAUGGCAUUUGGUCCGCACAUGGUUGCUGCUCCCGCAUACCAGCUGGCUCCCUCCCGCCCUCCUCUGACGGCUUGACUCGUUGACUGUUAAAAUGCGACCCCAUGCACAUUUGGGAUGCAAAACUGAAGUCUUUGAAAGGAAAUAAUAGUAACAAUAUAAGCAACACAAACACACAAUGACAGCAACCUUCAGGAUCCUUGGCGCUUGGGUUCUCAGCUUUCUACAGCUUUUGUUUCACUGAAAUGCUGAAUCUACUCGUCUGAGGGUGAAGGGACCUCCUUGUCACAAAUGCUAUAGCUUCCAGUUGGACACUUGGAGCAUUUUUGAGGUCUGGCCUUUAGAAUUUUCUUUUUUCUUUUACUUCUUUUUUAUUUCAAUUUAGACCAAAAAUAAAAAAUAAUAAUAAUAAAGAAACCACCCUAAACACAUACACACACACAUACAUACAUACAUACACACACACACACACACACACACACACACACACACACUCCAUUUGCCAGAAGCAAUUAUGUAUAUGUUAGUUGGAGGGUAUUGAAGAAAAAAGAAAUCUGUUUUAUCCCAAAGAUUUAAAAGUGGACAUGACUUAAAUACUGGAGCACUGCUUACUGACAAUCUCAUUCUCGCCUACAUUUGAGUGCAUUCGGCAGCCAGUCCACCAGGGCAAACCAUGGGAUGAUGUGUGAAUGUGUGGCGCAUCCUUUUCGGAUGCAGGAUGUGUGAGGGACCUUGAACCUCAGCUGUAUGGAACUGUAGCGCCUCCAGUCAGUGCACUAGAUGAAACUUUAGACUACCCAGAUUCUGUUGCUUUGUUUCUUCCCCCCCCCCCCGCUCCCCCUUCUGCAGCAGCCCCCAGCAUGAAUGCACGCACACGCCAGGGAUGGCAUUAAUCCAUGGCUGCCACGAUUUACAGAUGUUCUCUCCCAGGCUGGGGCUGCUCUUGCUCUCAAAAUGUUACUACUAAGGUUUAUAGUACUUAAUUUAAAUUUUGUACGGAUCAAUGCAAGGCUCUAUUUAAAAAGGAAAAAAAAAAGAGAAAAAGAAAGAAAGAAAAAAAAUACGCAAAAGAGUAACCAUUGCUCUCUGUCCCUCUCGUCAUCUGUGGUUUCGUUUGAAUGUGGCGGAACAAAGGCCCCUUGGUCCUCUUUGGUGUCGGAAAUGUUUGGUAAUUUCUCUUUUGUAUCAGUGAGGUCCUUUGUAAUCUGCUCCUGUCCUCUCUCGGAGCAGGGUGCCCUGAAACGCCAUGAUGGUGCUUGCUUCAGAGUCCUUUGCUGACUGUGGGAAUUGGCCUGAGAAUUUGGUGGGUGCUAAGCACGUGGCUUUGAAUCUGUUCUUCUUGAGCCCCACUGGACACCUGUGUCGAGGAUAACCGGCCCUCAGUGUGGGGUGGGCAGCCCUUGGACCUUUUAGAAAUAGGUUUGUGAGAAAUCACUCCUUUCUCAAAUUGUAGAGGUGGUCUCUUGGAACCUCUGGGGGCAGGGGAAGCAGGUUUUCCAAGAAAUAACCUCAACAUAUAUUUUGCUCCCAGGAGGACUGGUUACCUGGAAUGAUGUAAUGGACAUUUGAAACACAAAAUCCCUUUCACUAUUUAAAACAUUACCUCCCAACAGUCCAAGGGAUCUCAAAUUUGAAAGGACAAACUUGGCAGAGCGUGUCAUAGGCUGUCCUCUUGGGCACUCUGUCCAGGGUCCAGAGUUGGCUGCGUAGAAGACGUGUUUAAAGCCACUGGCAAUUCCUUUACUUCAAGUUACGCCUCUGUCUCCUCCACAAGACCGUCAGGGAUGUGGAGACCUGACGUUGUAAUGCUGCUCCUUGCUCCUGGCCUCCUGGCCCACUGUCGGCUCACUGGCCCAGCUUCAUGCCUCACGGUGAUGAGCAUUUUGUCCAGAAAAAAAAGAGAGAGAGAGAUGUUUGGAUUCCAUGAUAAAGCUGCAUUUUUGUAAAACUAUUGGAGACCCCAAAAAUGACCUUCAUGCUGGCCAUUGCCCCGUCCUUCCCAAAUUCCUUCAUAGAGUCCUUCCAACACUCCUCUGUCCCCACCAUCACCUCCCCACGCACACCUCCUCUACCUUCUUUCAUCUUUGAUUGCCUGAUGAUAACAGGGUAAAAAGACAGCCAACCUCAUGCCUGAUGAGCAGAAUGGAUUCUUAGGGUUUUGUUUGUUGUUUUUUUUUUUUUUUAAUUUUAUUUUUUAAAAUCUUCUUUGAAAUCAGAGAAGAGCUUAUUUGGGGACUUGAAUUUGGGAUAAGCUUCCAAAUGAUCCAUGUCUAUUUGCAUCCAAGGGAAAAUAAUUGGGGUUGGGGUUUGGGGCUAACCCAUGCAUUCAGAACAUCUUGCCUGCAGCCUCCACUUCUGCAUCCCAUGGGAAAGCCCAAAGACGUAGAUUGCCAGUGCAGACCUCAGUGAUUGUUUUUGAUAGUUCGGAGUGAUUUCCUUUCUGGAGGUCACUUCGUAAUGUACAAGAAGGAACUACUCUUCUCUCCUCUUCUGCAUACGUUGCUCCAAAAGGACAAAGAUGGGGAGCACACAAUCCAUUUGAGCACCCGAAUCGGUCUGUUUUCUCUCCCUUUAAAAAUAAAGAAACGAAAAGACCUCACAUCCACAUAUGACUGAAAUCUUGCCCCCAGAAUAUUGUCCAAGUGGAAAUUCAGUAAGUAGGACCUGGCUGAAAUAAAUUCAUGGAAAACUUCCCCUCAAAUUUUCUCUAAGCGGCAGAAGUUGGGGCAGGAGGAUACCUUGUUCUGAGUGUCCAGGUUGCAUUUCGGGAAACAUGGGUGAUACUUGAUUUGGAACUGGAGGGCCCAGCCCGAGUGUGCUUUACUGCCUUCCUGAUGGCCUGUUUUUCUCUCUGAGGAUCUUUGGAAGCAUUUGAGAUGGCACGACAGAAAUAUGUCAAGGGAAGCAAAGUCUGCUCCUAUGAAGUGUGUUGUCUCAUGACUAACUAAGGCCUGACGCUUCAGGGUUCCUUGCUUUUAACACUUCAGUCUCCUCUCUUGGUUCCUCUCACAGAUCCCAGAAAGGGGAUGACUAAGCUGCAGUUAACCUUGUGUGCAUCCUUCCAAUAGAGUACUGUAUUCUUCGGGUGUUCAGUAUUUGCGUGUAAGUCCUCGGGAAACAGGUAUCCAAAAUGAGAGUGAAAUCAAGGCUGUCACGUCAAAAAUAUCCCAAACAAGAUACUCUUUCAAAACAGGGCUCCCUCUCUGUGGUUAUGAGGGAAGGUUGAUGUGUUCUUGCUUGGGGACCAUUUAUACGAUUUUUUUUUUCAACUGUGAGCUUUGACCCCAGCUUCGAUCCCAGCUUCUGUCUACUGCCAUAAACAAAGGACCCCACAUCAGAAUAAUGAGGGUGGUGUGUGUGCACGCACCUUCAUGGGUGUGCAUAUGUACCUACUGUACCUUCACAGAAGGAAAACAGGCUACUGAGGUAAAGAGGGGUAGCCACCAGUGCCUAAUCUCUUUUUGGGGGGGAUGAAUGCUUCUAAUACCAGUAUAUAAAAACCACACCACUGGGAGUUAGUUCCAUGUACAGGGGAGGAGCAGUGGGUGGGGGAAGGGGACAUUUUAACCCUAGCCCUUGGGACCAGAGGCAGAACACUUUUUUGUAAAUCGGGUCCUGAAGAUUUGGGGGCUCGUUGGCUGGUUCUUUUGUGUUUGCUUCCCAGCAUGCAUUUCCUAGCCCAAGCUCCGAUAGUUUUGAUUUCUUCCCGUUCUCACGUCUUCUGCUCCAUUCCAGGGAGGAAAAGUACACCUGUUAGGGCCCAGAUCUCCUUGCUUGACACAGAGGCAAAAAAGUAAACGUUGAGCGUUUCCGGGGCCUCUCUUCCUUCCCUCGCGCACCACCACCACGCCACCCCAGCACCCUCACUCCGGCUCAUGCGACAUGACUCCCCCAGGCACCGUGGCUUUCCUUUCCACUCUCUAUCGUCCUCUUCACAGUUGCUUGAAGAAAUUUAAUUUUGCACUAUACAUUUUCGUUUUGCCGGACGUGGCUAACAAGCGUGUUUGGAAAGACUUUGCCCCCCAGCCCCUCCCCUCCCCCCCACCUCCCCGUCACAUUCUCUCAGGCCUUCUCUGGUAUUUAUAAUAUAUCACAGAAGUACCCAGUCUUAUAGCCCUCGGUUAUGCCUUUUUUUGACAUUUUAUUUUUUUUAAGCUUUUUAUAUAUAUAUAUAAAUAUAUUACUUUGUCAAGUUUUUUUGCUGUACAAAAGUCUUAAGAUUUAAAACUAUUAUUUGUAUUAUAUGAUGGUGGUAUGUUAAUGUUACAAAAUUAUUAAUGAAGAAAAAAUUUAUUUUUGUUACUGGUCUGUUUCAUAAUUCUUUUUUAAAUUGGUAUAUUGUAAGAUAUCUAUGCAAAAAUGUUAUGUGACGCAUUUUUAUUUAAGAAUGUAAUAUGUGUAAUAAACAGUAGAAUGUG